AUGAAGCUUCUUUUUGCUGUAAUUUUUCUAUUUUAUGUUACUGUUUUAAGAUCGUUGACUGUAUCAGCUUUGUCUUACUUCAAUGUUCUUGAUUAUGGAGCCACUGGAAAUGGCAAAACAGAUGACUCGGAAGCUUUUUUGAAAGCUUGGAACGACGCGUGUGCAGUAAUAGAAGACAACCCAACUUUACGUGUACCAUUUGGAAAAACUUACCUGUUGAAACCUCUCAAAUUCCAGGGCCCUUGCAAGUCCAAACAAGUCAAUUUUGACCUUGGAGGAGCUCUAAUGGCUCCAAGCAAGGAUGAAUGGCCCAGUGAUGGUGAAGAUAAAUGGGUCCAAUUUUACAACAUAGAUUCUCUCACUGUCCAAGGAGAUGGUCGAUUUAAUGGCCAAGGUUCUUCAUGGUGGAACAAAGAUUGUCAUAAUCACUGCAACCGACCAACGGCAUUAUUUUUCCACAACUGUAACGGGCUUCGUCUUAGUAAAAUGAAGCACAUUAAUAGUGGCAAGAAUCAUAUUUCCAUAAAUGAUUGCAAUAAUGUCGUUAUCUCAGAUAUUCACAUUAGUGCUCCCGAGCAGAGUCCUAAUACAGAUGGAAUUGACAUUUCCCAAUCAAAAAAUGUUCUUAUUCAAAAUUCUUUAAUAGCUACAGGUGAUGAUUGUAUUGCUAUUAAUAACGGAUCUUCAAAUAUCAAUAUAGUAGGCAUCACUUGUGGCCCCGGUCAUGGCAUAAGCAUUGGGAGCUUAGGAAAGGACGGUGAUUAUAAUGUUGUUGAAAAUAUCUACGUGAGAAAUUGCCACUUAAAAGACACUCAAAAUGGAGUUAGAAUCAAGACUUGGGAGGGUGGAUAUGGAUAUGCAAGAAACAUCACGUUCGAGAAAAUAAUACUCGAAAAUACAAAAAACCCAAUUAUUAUCGAUCAAUAUUACUCAGCUUUUGCAUACGCAAGGAAAAAUAUGGGAAGGGAAAUAAAAGUGAGCAAUGUGACAUAUCGUGAAGUUCAUGGAACAUCAGCAAAUGAAAAUGCAAUUAUAUUGAAUUGUUCUCGAGCUCGUUGCACAAACAUUAUUAUGAAUAAUGUGAACAUAAGGACAUCAACUCCCGAUACAGAAGCCAAAUCUGUUUGUCAAAAUGCUGAUGGAAGAGCUAUAUCUGUCAUUCCACCCGUACCUUGUUUAUCAAAAUCUCAUUAA